AUGCAUAUCUCUCCAGGUACGCUGCAAGCCUCCAGGGAUGAAGAGGUGUUGGAGGUGAAGUCAGGUGAUCCGGUGCUUCAGCGGCGACUGAUGCUCCACAGUGGUGGUCAUGCCUCGGGCGCCGGGCCCUCCCAGCCCCAUACGAGUGCCAAAAACCAGGUUGGGGCUGAUGCUGAGCUGGAAGAGGAGGCUGGACUCAAUGCAGGGAGGAUGGUAAUGGGCAGCGAGACCACUGUAAAAAUGAGGGUGGAGGAGGAGGUGGUUCCCCGCUACACCCAGCAGCUGAGGGAGCAUGUGCAACCUGACAUGAUCACGCCUGGCAGCCUUUCACUGCAGCAGCAAGGGGCUCAGAAGAAACCUGUGACGAGUCGAGAGUGGGCAAAGAGAGGAAAGAGACUGAUAGCCUUCUUUACUGGGAAUGUUGAGAGAGAUUCUGCCAAAGCAGAAGAAGCACCACAGCCCAGACUGAACACACUGUUUCACUGCCCGUCACUCAGAGCGCUGGGGGAAGGCCAAGAGGAAGCGGUGGCCAAAUUUGAACAGAUGACAGAGCUCCCAGUAUUCUCCUCCUCAGCAUCACAGCACAUGUGGCAGGGAAACAAGAGGGCAAGACCACAGCCUGUGGAAGUAUGUGUGCACUGCCUGAGAGCCACCAGAGACAAAUUACCCAGAGGCCUCUAUUCUGUCAGUGUGUCCCUUCAUAGCCGUCUCGGGGGCUCGGCCCUAGCUUGGUGCAGCAAGAAAGAGCAGCAACAAUGGGCUGUGUCCACUGAGCCGAUUGAGCAUCGGGGCCGCGUCUAUGACACUGACCUCUACAUUAACCAGAACCUGGUCAUGAUCUUACCUGCAGCCUGUGAGAUUCUCCCUUCCAUGGUCCUUAUUUUUCAACUGAUCGCACAAGGAGGAACCAGCAGUUACAUCAACUCUGUGGUGGCCUGGGGGGCUUUUCCUGUUUGUGGCCCAAGCCUCGGCCUUGUCCAGGGCAGGUUUAAAACCCCUUUCCUCAGGGGUGAGCCGAACACACAACUGGACCAGUUUAAAAAAAUUGAGGGCCUCGUCUCCUCUGAUCUCGACCAUUGGCUCUGCAACAUGUACUUUCAGGUAAAAAGGCUCCCGACCGGGGUGUCCAAAAGGUCAGAGGAAAACAACACUGGAACAUUGCCCCCUGCAAACCCUCUUGUCAUGCCCCAACCUGAGGUAUGUCAUGACCAACGCCAGAGCCAAUUGCCACUGCAGUCUCUACCAUCAUCGCCACCUCAGUUCUGUGCUCAGUCCAUUCAUCCUCAGUCCCAGUUAUACCCCCAACCACAGCCACACGCAGGCCCCAGCAGCAGGGCAGGAGAGCCCGGUGUGGCAUAUUCUCAACGGGGGUCUCCUCUCCACCUGUCAGCUGAUUCGGCUUGCUCUUCCUCAUCUCUUCCAGGGAAAAAUUCCUCUUCAGGAGCGAUUUCUGGAAAUGCAAGAGAGAAGGCUGAAGCGUGCAGAGCCAAAACAGAGGGUGGGACUCACUGCAAGAAGAAGCCAAUCAAGAAGACAAAUAGCUGCGGCCCCAGCAUGAGCAGCAGCAGCGUAGCGCCUCGGCAGGCAGACAAACAGAAGAUGCAGCAUUCAGUGGAGAACCUCUCCGCUGAGGAGAUGGAGGAGUAUACGUUCUCCCUACAAUCAGCACUGACAGGACCUGGUACCCGUGCCCCGUGUCUGUCCGAUCGAGCCCGCUUGGCCCUCCACAUGCUGUCGUUCGACCUUGGCCUGCCGUUGCUGGGGCAACAGCCGCGUACUAGCUGGCGUGGCUGUGUUCGAAAGCUCAGCCUCAUUAUGCUGCUGAUGGCUUUGAUGUGGUUUGUGAGGCUCUACCUGCAUUACUGCAGCCAGUGGCUCUACCUCCAGGCCAUAGCAGUUCCUGUCAACAAGUUCCAAUUCCACGCACACACAGUGGAGCUUGUGUACCAGAGUUCCUUGCUCCACAUCUGGGAGGAGCUGGCGAUGCUGGUGGUGGGUCCCCUGACCUUGAACGCAUUAACGUUCCUGCUGGUUCUGAUCAGAUGGGGCUGUCAACAGAUAUUUGGCUCACUCCCUUCCUUCACGUCAAAGUUUAUCAUGGCUCAGGGAGUGUGGACAGUCCUCGACCCUCUGGCAGUCUUUGCAGUGGACGCCGUCCUUGGGCAUCUCAUCUACAGCCCUGACACACCAGUGGGUGAUGCAGCCAAGCUUUACUGGCACCUCUAUCGAACUGACCAAUCAGGUGCAGCGGGAGUAGUCCUCACUCUAUUCCUUUAUGCGGUGGUUUCUUUGCUCUCCAUCACCAUCCUCAGCAUUUACCUGCUCAGAUUCCACAAUGAUGGCUGCAUGCUGGACGUCUUUCAGCGGCUGACGGCCAAAGAAGGGAUGUACUUCCUGCCUCAAGAUCUGGAGCUGUCCAAUCAGGAACUGAGCUACAUUGUCAAGAAGGCAGAACAGUGGAGAGGCUUCAAUGGGGAGAGGCGCAAGGUGGCAGUCUAUGAUGAUAUCUGGACAGCAGAAGAUCCUUUUCCAAGCUCUGUCUCCUCCGGUGAUGACCCAUCAAGACGGGGUGCAUCACUACCAGAGGGCGAGACCAACACACAUGUGGUAAUAUCUACCCUGUACCUGAGUGGGCUGAAACAGAGAUACAGACACUUCCUCCGACAAUCAAAUGGAGCCAUCAUUGAGGUGUUAGCUGACACAGAGGAGAUGCACCCUGCUCUGAGGAUGACUCAAUACCAAGGUCGGAGCUCUGCCAAUCAGAGGGAAGGGAAAGAAGGCGCAAGAGCGCCGCACCAGCUACGGAAAAGGAAGAAACUAUUUUGCCCUCACCAUUAUUUGAGAGCACACAAAGAUCAUUUUCCUACCUCCUGUUUGCUUAGCAGAAUUUACAGUUUCAUCAAGUGUUUCGUUCCCUCAGGGUCUCAUCGGGUCGAGCCAGUAGGAGGAAGCGGGUGUGGCUCCAGCUUUGCACUGCAAGACAUCAACAAAUGACGUCAAAACAAAGACCGAUAUGGUUAAAACCUAAAUUGAUGCAAGUUCUGUCAACCGUCUGUUUGACUUAAGGACUCGGCGGUAUUCUGUGAAGUAGCUGUUGCUUUCCUUGAAUAUUCUCUGUUUGUAUUGUACUUUGUGAGCGUUUAACCGUUUAGUGGUUGAACGAAAAUGCUAAAAACAGUACAAAGGGUGGAUGAAACAUAACCAACCUGUCCUCCAACUGAAACGUAACUAUGGGUCGUUUUUUACAACCCCUUUGGGCGCUGCGGUAACCUUAAAUAUGCACAUGUGUUACUGAGGUUAGGGUUAGGGCAAAAAAGACAGGGUUAGGCAGUAAAAAUUGAUAUAGGGUGUCGAACGUUUGUCGACCACACUUCCAAGGUACUACCAGGUUGCUGUCAUGUAUACAACCGCUAGGGGCGCUGGUUUUGAAAACGUAGACAUAGGUCAUAAUUCCUGCAUACGACCUAUAUGUAUGUUUCAUUGGAGCACAGUCUCAACAUUAGAAAUGGAGUAUACCAGAGAGCUAUAAAAGUGCAUCUGUAAUAAACAUGUGAAGCGAUCUUUGUAAUUCACUACACAAUGUUUGGUAACACUUGUAAUAAAGGCAGGUGUUCAGCACUGCCCCCAACACAAUGACAAAUGCAGCUUCUAAAAGUCACUAAUCAGAACACGAGUGAUAAAAUAUCAAUAUUGGCCUCACAUUAAGCAGGAUAAUAUUCAGGCCAGCUUGAUUUGUAUUGAAUAUGUGUCUGCUAGCUGGUGCUCAGUGUAAUGAAGUGGCACACAAAUCAGGUCAUAAUGACCACCAACUUACACAUAUUGCUUAAUUAAAGGUUGUGAGCUUAUUAGCAUGUGUCUCUGGCACAAGGCGUAAGGGAGAUGGGGAUCGGGACUGAUGUCGUUCAGGGCCAUGGCUGUAAAGGUUUUAUAGAUGGCUAACCUAUCAUACUAAAGCCGUAGCCCUCCUAAAAUUGGAUCUUAAUAACCUGUCAUUUUCAUUGAUGAUGAUUCUCCUUUAUGGGCAGCCAUUACUGAUCAAGUUCCUGGGCCUUGUUGGACGGCGAUAACGGUCAUUUGUGCUCGUCGUUAUCAUGAAUACACCUUACUUUGGCCUUGAAGUUGCACCUCACCUCCAUGACGAGCCCUGAGGUGUGGUGCACGGUGUAUAUGGACACACACACACACACACACACACACACACACACUUAAGUUUCUGAUCUCUGAUGAGGCCUCUUUACAGCCCUGAGCUCCUCAUAAAAAAAAAACAAGAGGAAAAAGGAAUAGGAGUUUGUUGACAUUACUAGUCCAUAUAUGACACAGAGGAAAACACAACAUGUGUUGUCAUAACGCGACUGAGAAUUAAUUACCCGUUUAACAGUAUAUGCUAAUGCUCAUCAAAUAACGACAUUUGGUCUGUUUUGGUGUAUUUUCAGAAUUGAUCUCAUGUUGCAAUCUUCCCCUCUGUGACACUCUUUGACACUAGCCAGAUCCUAUAGAGCUAAUGCGCCCCAAUUAGAGAUCAUUCCAUUAACAGUGACAGUGCUACACCCCCCAAUUCAAUCAGCCUUUUAAUGAACACUAAGCAGAGACGCUGUCUCUCAGAGAUGACAGGAGCCUCUUCUCUCUCUCUCCAUUUGUUCUACCAUACUGACUCCUUCAUUUAACCCUAACACUUUGGCUUUCUUUUUGCUUACUCUCUCCUUUCUUUUCAGUAGCGGAUGAGACAUGACAUUGAUCUGGAGAGCAACAUCAACACAACUGAUUUCUACAGCUCUCCUAUUUCUUUCAAUAUUUUGAUGUAUAUAUCUGUAGAUUCGAGUGAAUGGCUAAUAUUUCUCUUGCUUUUCCCUAUUGUGCAUCGCUACCUUUUUGAUUCAACAUCAUCAAAACAAUGCCCCGUGCAAUAUUUUUCAAAUGGGGCAGAGGGAGCAGAUGCAGAAGGGGCAAGGUAUUUCAAAGGAUCAAAUAUUUGAUUGUUAAUGACAAACACCACUUCGCCGCAAUUUAAAUUUCAAAUU